AGCGCCCACACCCUACCCACACCCGGGCUCGGGACGCGCACAGUCUCUCCGCGCGCAAGGAGGACCUUCGCUGUCACCGGCUCCUGGCGGUCUUUUUCCCAUGCAUAGGAUUUUUUCUUGCAUUGUCCUAUUUCAGUGAAACAACGUAUGUGAAAGCAUCUGACACGAGUCUGCCAUCUAAUAAGUGCUCAACAGACUUGUUUGGCACCAGAUUCCCAGGUCUUCUCAUUCCCGGCUGUGUCCUUCAGUGAAAGACCAUCUUCCACUUGCAGAGGGUGCAAAAAUAUUCAAAACUUUAUAAUCAUCCCAAGACCACAGACAGCAAACAUGAAUGAUAUUUCCCAAAAGGCUGAGAUUCUGCUUUCUUCAUCUAAACCUGUCCCAAAAACCUAUGUGCCAAAACUUGGCAAGGGUGAUGUAAAGGAUAAAUUUGAAGCCAUGCAGAAAGCCAGGGAAGAAAGAAAUCAAAGGAGGUCUAGAGACGAAAAGCAAAGAAGAAAAGAACAAUAUAUUAGAGAGAGAGAAUGGAACAGGAAAAAGCAGGAGAUUAAAGAAAUGCUUGCAUCUGAUGAUGAAGAAGAGGUAUCUUCUAAAGUAGAAAAGGCAUAUGUGCCAAAGCUAACAGGAACUGUUAAAGGUAAAUUUGCUGAAAUGGAGAAACAAAGACAAGAGGAACAAAGGAAGAGAACAGAGGAGGAGCGAAAACGCAGAAUUGAGCAGGAUAUGUUAGAAAAGAGGAAGAUACAGCGUGAAUUAGCAAAAAGGGCUGAGCAGAUUGAGGACAUAAACAAUACGGGAACUGAAUCAGCAUCAGAGGAAGGAGAUGAUUCACUGCUCAUAACAGUGGUGCCUGUCAAGUCAUAUAAAAUAUCUGGAAAAAUAAAAAAGAAUUGUGAAGACCUAGAAAAAGAACGAGAAGAGAAAGAAAAGAUCACCUAUGAAGAAGAUAAAAGAAUUAGCUAUGAAGAAGAACAACGAUCUCUCAAGGAAGCAAAGUGUCUUUCAUUGGUCAUGGAUGAUGAAAUGGAAAGCAAGGCAAAAAGAGAAUCACUUUCUCCUGGAAAAUUGAAACUAACUUUUGAAGAAUUAGAGAGACAAAGACAAGAAAAUCGAAAGAAGCAAGCUGAAGAGGAAGCAAGACAACGUUUAGAAGAAGAGAAGCGUGCUUUUGAAGAAGCAAGGCGGCAAAUGGUAACUGAAGAGGAGGAAAACCAAGGCACAGAAAAAAAUUUUAAAGAAUACCGUCCUGGUAAACUCAAACUCAGUUUUGAAGAAACAGAAAGGCAAAGGAGAGAAGAUGAAAAAAAGAAAGCAGAAGAAGAAGCCAGAAGGAGAAUAGAAGAAGAAAAGAAGGCAUUUGCUGAAGCAAGAAGAAGCAUGGUAGUAGAUGAUGACUCCCCAGAGAUGUAUAAAACAAUUUCUCAAGAAUCUCUUACACCGGGAAAACUGGAAAUUAAUUUUGAAGAAUUAUUAAAACAAAAAAUGGAAGAAGAAAAACGACGAACAGAGGAGGAACGAAAAUAUAAACUAGAAAUGGAGAAACAGGAAUUUGAACAACUGAGACAAGAAAUGGGAGAGGAAGAGGAAGAAAAUGAAACCUUUGAAUUGAGCAGAGAAUAUGAAGAAUUAAUCAAAUUAAAAAGAAGUGGUUCUAUUCAAGCUAAAAAUCUAAAAAGCAAGUUUGAAAAAAUUGGACAGUUGUCUGAAAAAGAAAUACAGAAAAAGAUAGAAGAAGAACGAGCAAGGAGGAGAGCAAUUGACCUUGAAAUUAAAGAGAGAGAAGCAGAAAACUUUCAUGAGGAAGAUGAUGUUGAUAUCAAGCCUGCAAAAAAAAGUGAAGCUCCGUUUACUCAUAAAGUGAAUAUGAAAGCUAGAUUUGAACGAAUGGCUAAGGCAAGAGAAGAAGAAGAACAAAGAAGAAUUGAAGAACAAAAGUUACUACGCAUGCAGUUUGAACAAAAGGAAAUUGAUGCAGCACUACAAAAGAAAAGAGAAGAGGAGGAGGAAGAAGAGGGUAGCACCGUGAAUGGGUCCACUAUUGAAGAUGAAGAGCAAACCAGAUCAGGAGCUCCAUGGUUCAAGAAGCCUCUAAAAAAUACAUCAGUUGUAGACAGCGAGCCAGUUAGAUUUACUGUUAAAGUAACAGGAGAACCCAAACCAGAAAUUACAUGGUGGUUUGAAGGGGAAAUAUUGCAGGAUGGAGAAGACUAUCAGUAUAUUGAAAGAGGAGAAACUUACUGCCUUUACUUACCAGAAACUUUCCCAGAAGAUGGAGGAGAGUAUAUGUGCAAAGCAGUCAACAAUAAAGGCUCUGCAGCUAGUACCUGUAUUCUUACCAUUGAAACUGAUGACUACUAGCUCCCCUCCCCUCCCCUCGGAACUUUCUCUCUGUCUCCAACUUUCUCAUUACAUCCACCUUUUCUGUGGCGGGGCCAAAAAAGGAAACCAGAAGUACCACUAUGUUGACUUCUUAUUCCUUUUCAUAACAGUCUUCAAAACACAAGCUCAUCUAAAGAACACCUUCUUUUCCAAACUGAGCACCAGAUAUAUCGCCAUAUUAUGCAGUAGCAGUAAAAAUGUAUUUAAUGGGGGAGAGGGGUAAAUUUACUUAAUUCUAUCAGAACCUAUUACAAAGACUCUGUAUUUCCCAUAACAGUUUACAGCAAUUAUGUUAAAACAAAAAAAGUAGGAUACAUUAUUUUGCAUGAAAGAAUGUCAUUUAUGAGCUUUUACACCUAAAAUUAGUCUGAAAUAGUUGAGAAUGAAUUUGGAACCUAUCAAUUUGAGUGUACUUUUUUCCUUGGUAGUACAUCAUUUUGGUUUUUGUCAAAGUCCUUCAGAAGCAGAUAUAUUAGGGGGGUGUGGGAAGGGGGGGAGAAUAGUGGCAUUCCUUUCAUGGAAAAGGGGAGCAUGGAGAAAAACAAAAAGAAUUAAAGGACUUUUAAAAAACAAUUGCCAGAGAAAAUCUAACAGAAACCACUGCCUAUACAGUGUUCUGAAUGUUGAGAAUAUUAAAUAUGUAUUUUUCAAAUGUGUGUAAUUAUAUAUAAUCAAAUUUAUAAAGCAAGUUUAUGUUGUGA